AUGGCCGAGAAGCCGCCUCUGCCGCCCAAGCCCAAGCCUCCCCUGCCGUCCAAGCCAAGGCCCAAGGCGGCACCCGCGGCGGCAAGGCCGACAACGACAACGACGACACCGGCCCCCGGAAGCAGGCCGCCGGCCGCGCCGCCUUUCAAGAAGCCCACGCUCGCGCCGCCGCCGCAGGUUCUGCCGCUCAAACCACCGCCGGCGCACCAGUACCGGCAGCAGCAGUACCCUCCGGGCGGCGCCCGGAAGCAUCCGCGGCCGUACCGCCAGCAGCCGCCGCACCACCGCCGCGGCGGCGGCGGCGGGUGCUCGUGCCGCCGCGCGUGCUGCCUGGCCACGGGGCUCGCCCUGCUCGCGCUCUGCCUGGCGCUCGCCGCCGCCUGCCUCGCCUACCUCUACUACCGCCCGCGCGGGCCGUCGUUCCACCUGCAGCCGCUCUCCCCUGUGCGCCUCCGCCUCGGCGGCGGCGGCAACUCCUCGUCCGUGUCGGCCAUGGACGCCACCGUGGGCGCCCGCGUGGUGUCGUGGAACCCGAACGAGCGGGUGGCGUUCCGGUACGGCGACGGCGAGGGCCGCGUGUCGCUGCGCGACGCCGACGGCGGCGACGGCGACGUCGACGUUGCGCUGGGCUGGGCGCCCGUGCACGGGUUCGCGCACGCGCCGCGCACCGUCGCCACCGUCGCGUUCGUGGCCACCGCCAGGGGUGUCGUCCUCGACGAGGGCGUCGCGGCGCGCGUCCGAGACAGGUACCGCCGCCGGCAGCAGGGGUUCAGGGUGGUCGUGGACGCCCACGUCGGCGUCCGCGUCGGGGCGAUAAGCACGGGCAUGGUGCCGAUCAGGCUGCUCUGCGACGACGGCGUGAUGGCGCCGCGCGCCGCCGCCGCGGGGUCGUCGUCCGACGGCGGGACCGUGGUUGGGCCCAUGAGCAAGUGCCAGGUGCUCCUGUUUAGAGUAAGAUGGUGA